AGCUCCUAUCUUAUAUGACUUGAUGGUCAACAAAUAACACUGAGCGCUCCUUCUCUUUUCUUUCCUACUUCUCUCUAUAUUUAUUUGCUUCCCCGCCAACCCCAACCUGUCUUUCCCUCUCCCUCCUAUUCCAAAUCAAUCAAUCAUCAACACCAAAUAAACUUACUUCAACAUGUUAAAAAUGGAAGUGGCUGUACCUCCACCGACAAUGGAUUUCGACUUCGACGAUGCUCGACCUCUGCCAUUUUUGAGUGCUCCAUCUACUCCCAAACGUUUUGGCGAUUUUUCUCUCAGUGCUCCUACCAGUCCUUCGCGUAUGGCGGAAUUCUAUAAUCGUUUUGAUGAUGCCUGGGACUCAAUUCCUCCUACACCUAAAUCUCCAAAUAUGGGAGAUAAUUUUGAUUUCGCUUUUGAUUUCAAGUCGGAAUUAGUGGAGAAUUCUCUGACCGCCGAAGAGCUUUUCGACGGAGGUAAAAUCAGGCCAUUAAAGCCUCCGCCACGAUUACAGGUAGAUGAGAGGAGUCCGCUUUCUUCGCCGAGGUCACCUAGAUCACCAAUAGCUCAAGGAAAAAAGAUUAUUAGAGAAGUUUUUUCCCCCAGAAAGAAGAAAGUAUCAGAUCCGUUUGCUUUAGCAGCUGCGAAUACUCGAAAGAAAACUGAAGAUGAUAGAGGAAGAGAGAGAACUCCAGGAUUAGGAUACAGUUCAAGCCGUAAAGGAGCAAGAUCGCUAUCUCCAUAUAGAGUUUCUGAAUAUCCAUGGGAAGAAGACGAAAGACGGUUACAGGAACUCGCUAAACAACAAACAGCAGCUCCAAAUUCAAAAGGUUCAAUGCUUUCAUCUAAUUCUUCUUCGUCUUCGUCUUCGUCUUCGGUUUCUACCACAACAAAAAGUUCUUCAAGAAAGUGGAGAUUGAGGGAUUUUCUGCUUUUUAGAAGCGCAUCUGAAGGAAGAGCCUCGGAUAAAGAUCCUUUCAGGUCUAAGUAUCCAUCUUUCUUCAGGAAACCUGAAGAUACAAAGAACACUAGUUUCCGAUCCACGGAUAGUACCGGAUCAAGAAGAAAGGGACGCGUCUCGGCUCACGAAUUGCAUUACACGACGAAUAAAGCUGCGUCGGAAGAUUUGAAGAAGAAAACUUUCCUGCCAUAUAAGCAAGGUAUUCUAGGGAGAUUUGCCUUCAAUCCCGGUCAUGUAAAUGGCUUCGGGAAUCUUUCCCGUUAACCAAUCAUGGAGUUGGUAUCCAUCAAUAUGGAAUUUUUUCAUUGAUGUCGACGAAAAAUGUUGUAGAGCUCUAAGAAAUUCUUUUGUUUUACUUGAAAUUGUAAAAGGAUGGUAAAUAUUGUUGUACCCAUAUCUGAUAUAGCAUCAAAGCUCAGAUAUACCUACGGUUAUAUAUCAUUUCAUUCACUUUUGUAUAUUGUCAGUUCAGUUCCCUUCUUGUCUACUCAUCUCUUUUACCAAUACAUAAAAGAUUUUCUUUUGGGAA